UGGAGUCAAUGUGGCUGUGCCUUGUUCUCCUGGGAUCUCGCAGGAUCCAGACGGACGGUCGCUGAGCCUCACUAGGUGCUCACCUUCAGGUGAGAUCACAAAGGCUCUUUUGUCUCAGUGUUAUUUGCAACCAGAUCUUUGCUUGCUCUCUGGCUAGGAAAUGUUACCAGUCCUCUUAUUUACAAAUGGAAGAUGAAGAUACUAUCAGACGAGAAUAUUACAUUGGAAGAUGAAGACUAUUCAAUGAAGCUGGAAGAUUUCUAAGUAGCAGAAACAUAUAUAUAUAUAUAUAUAUAUAUAUAUAUCCUGACGCCCUUUCCGUUAGUGAUGUCUUCAUUUGGAAAUGCAAUAGAAAACUGGAGUAUAAGAAGCACAAGUGAUAUUUCAGAUCUUCAGCAUAAACGGGUCUCAGAUGGCUGUGCACCUAUAAAAGUUUUAGCUGCUGUAGUAGAUUCGGCCUACAGUUCAUUUUCUGGUGGUUCCUAUGUUGCAGAAUACCCUCCAUUACAGCAUGUAAGUUGUCACUUGAAUGAUGAACAGAUUUCUUAUAUGGACUCUGACUAUGUCAAAGCUAUUUAUAAUCCUAGUGGACCAAACCAAAGCCAUUUUCAACAGAAUUUCAGUUGUGAAGAUCGUUCAUCUAAAAAUUAUCCAUCCACAAGAAUCACUAAAUUAAGCAACACCUCACAAGAAACUCUUAAUGAGGAUCAUUUACCUCUAAUAAAUAAUUACACCACCAUCCAGCACCUAGAACAGUCUGAUAUCAAUAGGGAAUCUGGAGAUCAUUUCAGCCACAAGAGUAAGAGAAGCCCCACAAGCACAAGUGAUCUUUCAUCUCCUGAGCACAAACUUAGUCGCCACUAUAUUGAAGAUCACAGCCCUAUGUGGUUAAAAGACUCUACACAGGGAGAAUUGAACCAGUCAUGUGUUACAUCCUGCAACUGGGAGAAAAGGGAUUAUCCUCAUUUUACAAGUUCAUCAUUUCUGUCCUCUGUGGGUAAUAUGACACAAACACAUAAUGUUACUUGUAUUGACAAUGAAAAUAAUUUCCCUUCUCAUGUUAGCAUGUUAAAUACAGACUGCCUUGAACAAAAAGAUUUACAGACAAUCCAGCAAAUUCAAAUGAAAUCAGAAGGUCAAAAUCAGAGCAAUAUGUUGAAUGUGUUUUCUGAUUAUUGCCUAAAUGAAGGAGUAGCCACUAAAAGCACAAGACGUUCGCUCAAUGAACUUGUGUCAGAAAAAAUUGACAUUAGCAGUAGUUCUUGGAAUCCAGCUCAAGAAACUGAUUGUUAUAAUGAUGAAGGAACAAAUUGUGAAGGAGUAGAGGAUCUGGCACAUAAUCAAAUGCUCAAAGAACAAUAUCGACCACAAUCCCAGAGCAUGAAGGACCUAGAAUGUGAUAGUGUUGGACAAUGGGAUAUCAAAUACAAAAGUUUGCACACGAGAAAUAGCCAAAUAAUUUACAACAGGCCCAGUGAAGAUAUAUUCGAACAACCUUCAAAAGCAGUGAUUUGUGACGAUUUCCAAAAAGGCUCUAAAACACACAUCAGGAAAGAUGCAACAAUAAAACCUAUCCCUUUGCUUUCCCAGGAGCAAGAAGUGUCUAUGACUUUAAUGUCUAACUUUUGUGAAUUAACCAGUGAGAAGAUUAGUAAGGCAUCCACCCCCAUGCUGUAUCAUCUUGCUGGAGGAAAGAACAAUUCUUUGGCUAUGUUAAACUUCAAACAUCAGCCUAAGCCUCUAGAUGCAAAUAAGGAGUCCAAGACAUUUCAGGCAACAGACAACUCUACUAUAUCACAGGUAGCUGAGCCACAAAAGCCUCUUCAUAAAACUAAAAGUCAAUCACAAAUUGUUGAUAAUUCUGUCAUUGACUGCAGUGAUUUCAAGACAGAUGGUAACUUAACAUCAGAAGAAAGUUUUAUGUAUGACUAUAGGGAAAAACUUAAGGUAGCUCAGACAAAGGUCUUGAGAGAAACCUCUUUUAAAAGAAAAGACCUACAGAUGAGUUUGCCUGUACGACUAAAAUGGAAUGCUCCAAAAAGACCUUCCAUUGAUCAUGUCCGAUCAUAUUCUUUGUCUGGAUCAAAUGAGGAAGCCAAGUUUGUCCAACCCAAAACUUUUGUGGAUAGCAACUACAAAAAAGAAGAGCCAGAAAAGCAUAUCAUCUCACGAAUUGGAGGUAGAAAAAGGCUUACAAAAGAGCAAAGAAAGUUAUGUUAUUCUGAGCCUGAAAAGCUUGACCAUGUCGGUGUACAUAAUUCUUUCUCUGUAUGGAGCAAUGAGGAAUCAAGUCAGACCAAAUUAGGUGAGCAUCAUAAAAUGAAGUCUAUAGAUAAAGAACGAACGCUUUCAUCUUCUAACCUCUCAAAGACAGAACUAAAGCAAAUCCAACACAAUGCUCUUGUUGAGUAUAUGGAGCGAAAAGCAUAUCAAAGGCCCAGUAGUAUUUACCAGUCUCAAAUGCAAAAACCAAUAGCAGUGAAGUCUUCAUCAGAAUGGAAAUCUUUGGCAAAUGAAAUGUCAAGCUAUAAUAUUCCACAACAAUAUUACCAUAGAAGAUCAACUGGAGCCUCUUCUUCUUAUGAUGCUACUGUCACAUGGAAUGACAGACUCCUAAAGAUGUCUCAAGGAGAUCCUGUAAACUUGGUGGACAAGUAUGUAAAUGGGAAACAUAAAACAUACCUUGAUCAAUUUCCACUAAAUAACAAAUGUUGUUUCGAAGACUCUUCAACAGCUGUUUCCCAGAAAAACUCAAAAUCCGUUAAUCAUCCUCAGGUACCAGCUGGGCACUUGACUUCCUCCACAACGGCACCUUCAAACAAUAACCAUGGUUGUGACAACAGACUGUCUGUUACAAUGGAUAGUGCUGCACAUGAGAAGAAGAAAGACUGCACGUCCAGGAGCAGAGGAAAGUCCAUGGAAGAAUUGGGAACUUCAGAUAAAAUAAAGCUUUCUGUGCUGAGUCAAAGCUCAGAGCAGCUUUACCACAUGAAAGGCCCAGCGCUCAGCCCACAGUUGGGAAACGUGAGUGGCACAGCUGUGGUCCAUCACGACAAGCUGAAGUCCAGUCCUGAGCCAGGAAGCCAGCCCAGACAAACAAGUAAAGAGGAUCUGCUGGGGCCUCAUACAUCUCAUAUUGCAAAGUUGGCACAUGAGAGACAUUCCAAGCCCCAGAGAGGCAUAGAUAAUUCCAGCACCUCUCCUCCUUCGCAGUUUUACCCUAGGACUACAGAGCAAUCACGCUCUCCACAAACAAACUAUGAGGUUUCUUCAAAGCCCAGUGGCAUCAGCAUGGCUGAUAUUUGUAACCUCCCUAAUAUUUCACUGGAGAAGACUAUACAGUCAGCAUGUCCUUCUGAGGAGGUGCCGCGAGCUCACAGUCCCUUACUUCUGCAGGCACAUCUACAACAAGAAGUUAUGAGUAUGCAAACACCAAGCUUGGAAGCCUGUGUUCCAUGGUUCGAUAAUGAAGUGAGGGCUGAAGCAAGUGAACUUUGUAAGAGUUCAGUAACUGAAGAGCCAAGCGUAUCUGUGGCAGAAAAUCAAGAAUCUGGAGCAGAAAAAUCCACAAAUGUCCAGUUUUUAAGUAUUUUGCAGCAAAAGGAUGUUGAUAUUGCUUCCUCCAGCCAUGAGAAUGGAAAAGACGUAGCCAGUUCUUUCAUCCAUAGUAAGAGCAGUGUUAAUGAUGAAGCUCCUGAGCCAGAAUCCUGCAUGGAGGAAAAAGGUUAUGCACUUAGGCAAGACUUGACCAAACACAUAUUAAAAUCCCAUGCCGAAGAAAGGUACACAGAGCUAGUAAAGGAGAUCACCGCAAAAGACAAGUCUCUGGUUGAUGUUCUGAAACCUCUUCCUGUAAGGGAAUCUGCAAUCAGCCUCAUGAAAAGCCUGUUCAUUGUAGACAUUUCAACACGACAGAGAUCCAGAAACCAGGAAUUAAAGAACAAGAUCAAUCUUGAAGUUCAACCUCAUUCAAUAAACAUGUUGCCUGCACAGACCUGUAAACAGAAGCCAGAUGGGGAAUACCUAGAUGACAUCAGUUUGCUCAAGACAGAACUUAUUUCUAACAUCAGUUCACAACUGCAAGAACUUUGUGGUGAAAGGGAACUUCUCCUUUCUGAAAUCAGUCAAAAUUCAAGACAUGGCACAGAUAUAGAGGCUGUUGUGAAGGAAGUCUGUAAACCCAAUGAAUAUGAGCGCUACAUGAUGUUUAUUGGGGACCUUGAGAAAGUGGUGAGCCUCUUGUUCUGCCUGUCAAUGAGGCUCACUCGGGUUGAAAAUGCUUUAAGCCAAAUUGAUAGGCAUACAGAUGCAGAAGAAAUGCAAUCACUGAAGGAACGUCACAACCUCCUGUCCAGGCAGAGAGAGGAUGCCAAAGAUUUAAAGGAGAACCUGGACCGCAGAGAACAGGUGGUUACAGGGAUCCUAGCCAAAUACCUAAGUGAGACUCAGCUGGAGGAAUACAAACAUUUUGUGCGUCUGAAGACCUCGUUCUUGAUUGAGCAAAAAGACCUGGAUGAACAGAUUAAAUUUCACGAGGAACAGUUGGAAAGUCUUCAUAACAGCAUUCCUCCUUAAUUAGCCCGUAGAAGGCAAAGCCACAUUCUUGCUGGCAUUCCAUGUCAUGACGACAGAGUCCUUUGGGCUUUGUGAUAUUAAAGUAUAUUGGUGUUGAUUAAGCUGCUGCUAAGACAUAACAGAAUUAAUUCUCCUAACCCCUGGACGUAGGUGGGACUUGCUGAAAGUAUUUGUGUCAGUGUUAAUCAAGCAAGAAAAUGGUUGACAGAGAGGAAGGUUGAAAUUGCAUUAAUACAACUGUGUGCCUUUUUGCAUAAGUUUUCAAUGUUUUUUGUCUUUUUUUUUCAAUGAUGUUCUAAGGAAUAGUGUCCAUGUUUUGCGGUUUCUUGAUUGACUCGGUCAUUUCAAUAAAACUAUAUACAUA